CCGUCGCCCCUUCGGGUGGGGGUCUCUCGGCCGGGCGAGACCGCCGCGGGGAUGCCCUGAGGUGCAGCUGAGGCGGCGGAGCGGGCGGGGCAGCUGCUCCUUGAGCAACGGACGCCGAGCCGCCGAGGGGGAGUGCCGGCCGGUCUCCGCGCCUCGCCAAGAAGGUGCGGGCCCAGCCAGGCGCUCAGCUGGGACUCGAAGCCUCCCGAGCAAAGCAGACGGUGGAAGCCGCGCGGGGCUCUUCCCUGCUUGAGCAGCCAUGAGCCCCUAUGGCCUGGAGCAAGGAAAGCGCCGGCCGGGCUCCAGCCUGCCCGGUUCCGCCCCUGAGAGGCUGGUGGCGGCUGCGGCUGCUCCUCUGGUUCCGAGGGGGCUCUGAGAGGCAGCCCGGCGCCUUCCUGCCCGCUGGCCAUGGGCAGCUCUAUCAGCAGGCCCAGCUGCCUGGGGGAGAAAAGCCCCAGACCCGAAGACUUCUUGAAGGAGCCCUGCUUGGCCGCCCUGAACAAGGAGGAGGAUGGCGCAGGGUCCCCAGAGAAGGCUUGCCUCAGCCCACGGAUGGUCGAGAAUGGCUGGAACGUGGCCCUGGAGGGGGCUGCAAAGAGCUGCCCCUUCCCCAAGCAAAACAAUCUGGACAUUAAGCUGCGGAAUUGCUGCCCCCUCCGAACUCAGCAGGAGGGAGCCGUGGCCCCCUGGACCUCGCCUGAGAGCUUGGGGGCCAGCUGGGGCUGGAAGCUGCACUCCACCAGGGAGGUGACAGAAGUGACGGAGGUGACGGAGACAGUGGUGACCGAGAUCGUGGAAGUGACCGAGUACCCCGAUGGGGACAAGAGCCGAGAGGCCUCCGUGACCAGGAUGGGGAAGGUGCUGGCUAAUGUCCGAGAAGCCCUGCCCCAGGCAGCUGCCCUCCCAAGAGGCAUGCAAGGCGCUGGGCUGACCCUGGAGACCGCAGGGAAGCUGGGUGCCUGGGUCAGUGAAGUGGAGGACCUCAUGGGCCACCAGAAACCUCCUUCGGGGGAAGCCAAGGUCGUGAAGGCGCAGCUGCAGGAGCAAAAGCUUUUGCUGCGUCUGCUGGAGGAACGCACCCCACACAUCGGCCGCCUUUGCCAUCCACUCUCUGCUGAGCCUGCCGGUACUGCCAAGGGACAAGAGCAGCCCAGGGGCCUCGCCAGCCUUCAGGAGAAGUGGGCGAUCCUGAUGCAGGAGGCCGAAGCCAGGCACAGCUGCCUACAGCAGAUCGUCCCUGCUGCAGACGUCUUCCAGGAGUCGGUUGAGGCUUUCCAAGACUGGCUGAGCUUGACAGAGCAAAAACUGGCCCAACUCUGGGGGGCCCCUGGGAGCCUGACACGAAGCCAAGAUGCCCACCAGCAGAUUCAGGAUCUGCGCAGGGAAGUUCAGUCCAAGCCAGCAGAACUGGAGGAGGCCCUGGAACGUGGAUUGCGGCUCUUGCAGAUGGUGCCAGGAGAAGAAGGGCGGCUUGUCCAGGGCAAGAUGGACUCCCUGCAGCUGAGGCUGCUGCUGGUGGACCAGAGGAGCAGUGACACCCUGCAGCAAAUGGAGCAGAUCUUGGAGGCCUCUUCCCACCUGGACCUUGCCCAGGAGGACCUGGGCCUCGGGCUGCAGCCCCCGGAGAAGGAGCAGCUCUUGCCAGGCAGUCAGCCAGGAGAUGGGCCCUGCCCCCUGGCCCCUGCAGGCGGAGAGAAGCUGUCCAAGCGGCUGAAGCUGGUGGCUGGAAGUCUGGAAUGGCUGCAGGACCGCACACGGCACCCUCUUACUUUGCGGGGAGACCCUGUCUGGCUCCAGGAACAGCUCUGGGAGAGCAGCCUGUGGCUGGCGGAGCUGGAAAAGCUGGCCCUGGCCCUCGAGACCCUCCGUGAACAGGGGGCGGAGCUUCAAGCCAUCCUGCAGAGCACCACACACCCAGCCAUCCAGGAGCGCAUGCAGGAUCUGCAGAAUCAGUGGCAGCUGCUGUGGCAGCUGGAGAAAGACCGCGAGGCCUCCCUGCAGGAACUCCUGGUCCUGGCCAGGCAGUUUUGGCCUGGCCUGGCCAAGCUGGCCGGGGCUCUCAGCAACACCCAGCGGAUAGUGCUGGACCUGGAAGACACUGCGGCCUCCAGUCCGAAGGAUAUCCAGGCCAAGCUGGUGGCCAUGCAGGCCCUGCAUGAGGAGGUGGAUGGUCUGCAGAGUGAGCUGGACUCCUUGGGGGCUUGGGGCAUGGAGCUGAUGUCGUCGUGUGGAGACCCGGAGAAGCUCACCGUUACCCAGAGCCUGGAUGACCUGUACUCAUCUUGGAACAGCCUGAACAGGAUGUGUGGGGAGCGGCAGAAGCACCUGGAGGACCAGCUGCAGGCCUCGGUCACCGACCAAGCCACGACGCAGAGGCUCCUGGCCUGGCUGGCAGAGGCCGAGCAGCGGGUGGCCCAGGAAUUCCUGGGUGAGGGGGACCCAGUCCAGGUGGAGCAGGAGCUCUCAGAGCUGAAAGCCUUCAAGCGAGAGCUGUACCAGCGCCAGGUGGAGGCUGAGAGACUUUGGCAACAGAGCAGCUGCUGGGAGGCUGCCCAGGAGGAUCCCCCCCUCACUUUUGGGAGUUCCCGGGACCGUUGGACCCAGCUGGAGGAAGAGCUGCUAAUCCGGCAGCACCGGCUGGAGGCUGCCCUCCUACGCCUGGGCCGGUUCCAGAGUCAGCUGGACUGGCUGCUGCAGGGGCUGCUGAGCACUGAGGAACAGCUCCGGAACCCCCUCCCCCUCAUGCCGGACCUUCAGAGCUGCGAGAUCGAGCUGGCCAAACACCAGGUGCUGUGGAAGGAUGUCCUGUCUCACACAAUGACAAUGCAGGCCGUACAGGAGGCCGGCUGGCAUCUGCCCAGUGAUGGCAGCGGGCCCUGUGCAGAGGCCCUGCAGGGCAGCCUGCAGCAGCUCAGCCACCGGUGGAGCCAGGUCCUGGCUGAGACGGAGCACCGCCAGCUGGCCCUGGAGCACAAUCUGAACCAGGAACUGUGCAAAGAGAUGGAAUCCAAGCGGCAAACGUACCAGCAAGUCCAGGAGAAGCUCCAGCACCUGCUGGCCACCUGCCACCCAAACAGGGCUUCUAUGGCCGAGCACAGCCUGAGGGUCUUGGAGCAGAAGUGGGGCGGCUUCACCAGCCGCCUUCAAGAACAGAAGGCCUUGGCACAGGAGACGGCAGCCCAGAGCAAGAAGCUGGCAGGGAUGGAGGCGGGGACUGCCUGCCUGACCCAGGGCAUCGGGGGUCCUCGCAGCCUGAUGGGCAAUGCCAAGGAGCGGCUGGCCAAGGUCCUGCAGCAAGUGAGCGAGAGGGGGGAGGUGCUGGAAGAGGCCCACCAGCAGGCCAAACAGGAAUUCCAGAGUCGCCUGCGGGCCAAGCGUCGCAUCUUUGAGGCUACCCUGCAGCAGGGGGGUCUCCUAUGUGGCAAGGCUCUCCUCCCUGCCGAUGGCCAGGAGCUGGACGCAAUGCAGAGAAAGCUGAAGGAGCGCUGGAGGGCUCUGUGGAGCUGGGGGGCCGAGAGGCAGCAGAAGCUGGAGGAGCACCUGCUGUUCUCCAGCUGCUUUGGCGAUGCCCUUCAGAGCCUCCUGGACUGGCUCUGUCAGGCCGAGCCCCAGCUGGCUGAGGAGACCCCCGUGGCUGGGGACAGAGACCUGGUGGGCAUGCUCAUGGAGCAGCAUAAGCAGGCCUUUCAGACAGAGCUGGGUCGGCGGACGGUGGCUGUCAGGACGCUGAGGUGCUCUGCGCGUGUGUUGGCGCAAGAUGGGAGCAGCAUGGAUGCCCGGUGGCUGCAGAUCCAGAUGGAGGAGCUGGAAGACCGCUGGGAACUCAUUGGCCGGCUCUCCGUCUCCCAGCAGAACCGGCUGGAAGUGGCCCUGAGGCAGGCAUAGGAGUUCCACCGCCUGCUGGGUGCCUUCCUGAGCCGCCUGUCAGGCCUGGAGAAGUCGAUCAUGGAUGGGGCAACCCCAGAGGAGGAGGAGGCGGCCAUGGCCGAGGGCCAGAGCCAGUUCGAGG